AUAAUAAUAAAUUAAGUCUUUGAAUCUGAAAAGUUUUAAAAUUUUUUAAGUGACAUCUCUUGCUCAGAUCUGUACAUCAAAUAAUCAUGACAAUAAUGGUGAGAAGCAAUCGUGGUGGGUAAGGAGGAAAAAGGAGAAAGAAAAUAGGGAGAAAGAAGAAGCAUCUCCAACGUUGUUCAUUGAUAGGACAAUGCUCGUCGGUGGUGGUUUAACAAAAGCAGCAAUGGCGUAGCGACAAGUGUUCCUACAAGGGAGGAAAUAGAAAAAUAAUGAAUGAAAGAAAAAAAAUUUAAAGAACAAAGAAAUAAAAAAAGGGAGGGAUUUGACCAAUUUUUUAACCGUAGUAUCCAAAUUAACAAUUUUUUUUAAAUGAUAAAAAAGAAGAAUGAGUAAAGGCAAUUUUGGGAAAUAAAAAGGGUAGAAAGGUUUUUCUGACUGAAGUAUUGAUGUCCGAACCUUAAAUCCUUGGAAAAAUAUCAGUGUAAGCGACAGUGUACAGAUUCCUUCAUUUCCUCUCCGAUCUCCACAAACUACUGGCCAAACCACCAAUAGCUUUAACUGCUAUAUCUCGCCCGACUCAGACAGAGAAAUGGGGCCAACCCUGGAAGCAAAGAGUUUGAGAAAGGCGGUGGUGCCAUCAACACUCCUAGAGAACCCAUCUCCUGGAAACCUCCAGUCAACUCGCCUUGCCCUCCAUGUGAAUGAGGAUUCCUCCUCUUGCUGGGUUUACAUUGCAUCCGGAUGCAACAUCUACAGACUUCAAAUUCCGCUGGAAGAUUCUUGGCUUAGCACAGGGAAAGAAGGCCUCCUUAUUCCGGAGACAAAAGAGGUUAUAGAAUCUUUGUUACUUAAACGGUGCCCUCAUCGUUCAGAAAUCCAAAGUAUUGUACUUACUGAAAUAGAAAGCACUGGUUACUUAGUAUUGGCAAGUGUGGAUGCUUAUGGUCAUCUUAUUGUCUCUAAACUGGAUGCCAGUGGUAAAGAUGCUGACAAGAUUACUUAUUCAGUGUUACCUGGGGAUUUUGGUGUUGGAGAAGGUAGUUGGUCUGGGAUUUGCUUCAGUCCAACUCAAUGGUCCAUGGCAGCUGUGGCACGAAGCUUCUGCAAAAGUGUUGAUAUUUAUGACCAGGAUAUCCAUCUUCGGACUUUGCGUACACUUUGGUAUCCAUCUUCGCUAAGCUUCAUGCGGAAUUUAGGUCAUGGGAAUGAGAGUUCUAUAUUAGCCGUAACUGAAGGCUGCCAGUUGUCUGUAUGGGACUUGAGAAUAAAAGAAAAUGGUGGUUGUCUAAAUCGUAUUUGUGGUUCUGCUGGAGAUAUCUUUUAUGCUGUCUGCAGUUCUUCAACUGUUAAUAUUGCAGUGGGUGGUGCUGAUCGAACUGUGACUAUCUAUGAUCCCCGCAGAUGGUCAGCAAUUUCAAGAUGGGUGCACUGUUCAAAAUAUGAGAUUACUGGACUUGCUUUCUCGUCUCUUGACCCUGAUUACAUCUUUGUUCAAGGGGUUGAUUAUGAGGUUUUCUGUGGGCAGUGGCAAGAAAGCAGUAAGGUAUUUUCAUUUAGAGGAGACUCAAAUUGGCUGGGAUUCAGUAAGUGCUCUAACAGGGAUAUACUUGGUGGAUGGUGUGAUUCGGGUAGCAUUUUUGUAGUUGACGUUAUAGCUAAAGGAUAGUGAAAAGGCCACCUUGAAGUAAGUGUUGUUAAUGGAUUUUCCUAGUGGCUGUUCGUCGGCCUUCUAAUCCAGGAAUUCACAUUUCACUCCAAAACAUGCUUAAUCUAAGGCUUUCACUUAUCAUAUGUGCAUGCAAUCAUUUCAAGCAGCCUCAUUACCCCCAAGUCAAGCCCUGCUAUUGAACACUCAUAAUUCCUUCCAAAAAUUGUAGUAUUUGAUUAUCUUGUGCCCCCCCAAAAAAAAAAAAAAAACUCCUGAAAGUAGAAUUGUUGAGGUUUGAAGUUGACUGUGCAUGACUUUGUGCAUGUCAGCCACUAGUUCAUUGCAUGGGAUAUUACAUGCAACUUAUGCACAGAUUAUUAAUUUUGCCAUAAUACAUAAGGUCGAGCUGGUAUUUUACUGGUUUCA